UAAUUUCUACAACACAACAAAGCACAUCAAAAUCUUUGUUUUUGUUACGAAAAGCACAUCAAAAUCUUCUCUCAAAAUGAUGAAGAUGUUUGCUCAGAUGACGGGGGCUUGUCUGGUGCUGGCAUUGGUGAUUCCAGUGGUCUCCUCCCAAUACGACUACGACAAUACAACGAAACCAAGUUCUGCUGUCACCGUUGCCACGGAUAUCUUCACCGGCUUGGCCAUAGCCACCGUGGCUCUAGUGGCUGGUUUCAUCUACUGAAAUUUCGUAAAUUUCUAAUUUGUGUUUUAAGAGUUUAAAAUGAUUUUUUUGGUGAAAAUACUGAAGAUUGACAAAAAUUUGUAAUCUAAUGGUUUGUGUUAAUAUUGUCGUGUAAUUAUUUAAUAUCCAGGUUCAAUCCUGUAUAUCGUAUGAUGAUGACCAAUAAACUAAAAGAUAAAAA